AUGCAUCUCUCCCAACUUGGAAAGUUGGCUGUUGUGGCCAUGGCUGGGCUUGCAAUUGCUCAUCCUGGUGCUCACGAGCCUAGCUCCUAUACCGACCUGACCAAGCGAACCUUUCUCCGCAACGCCAGACGAAGCCUGGACCAGUGUGCUGACCACCUUGAGCGGCGGGGAGUUCAUGCCCGUGCUGAAGCUCGCCGUGCUGCCUUGCUCGACAAGUACAAAAAGCGAUCCCUCGCGGUUCGUGACACGGACAAAGUGGUGAACAAUUCCCACCAUUCCAAUUUGGACGUGUCAGUCAACACGCCCGCGACAGAACUCUUCUCCAAGAACCCGGUCUGCAUUCUUGCUCCCGAGGGCGAAAUUGGACCCUUUUGGGUAAAGGGCGAGUUGAUCCGACAUGAUAUUUCUGAUGGCCAGGCAGGCAUCCCCAUCAUUAUCGACGGACAGUUCAUCGACAUCAACACCUGCGAGCCCAUCCCAGAUCUCUACUGGGAUGUCUGGAACUGCAAUGCCACCGGUGUCUAUUCCGGCGUCCAGAGCAGCAUCAAUGGCAAUGGUGAUGAUGCCUCGAAUCUCGACAAGACCUUCUUGCGCGGCAUCCAGAAAACCGAUGCGGAUGGAGUGGCAGGCUUCAAGACCGUGUUUCCCGGACAUUAUUCUGGCCGUACAACGCAUGUUCACGUUGUCGCGCAUCUUAAUGCAACGCUGCUGCCUAACAACACGUUGAGCGGCGGCUACGUUCCUCACAUCGGUCAGCUGUUCAUUGACCAGGAUCUGAUCUACAAAGUCGAGGCGACCUACCCCUACAACACCAGCACCGUGUCUAUUACCAAGAAUGCAGAUGACCACGUUGUUCAAGCCGAGACCGAGGAUAGCAACUCUGAUCCGUUCUUUGAGUAUGCCUAUCUUGGUGACUCCAUUGAAGACGGCCUUCUUGCCUGGGUCACCCUGGGAGUCAACGUUACGGCCAACCACGACUCAUCUGUGUCAUACGCUGCUACCCUUACAUCUGAUGGUGGUGUCACAAACGACAAUAGCGCUGCAGGUGACCAGAUUCCCUCCGGCUCCGCCGGUGCAAUCCCGUCGGCAUAA